AUUCCUGUCCUUCGAAAGAGGGACUAUAUAGACUCAAUGAAAUAUACUGUUUAAAGGAUAAUUAUACAACAUUCUGUUAGCAGUGUCAACACAAUUUGGAAUGAAACUUCUUCUGAUUUUAGUUGCUGUGUUCGUCUGUGUGGCUACGGUUAAAUGCUGUAAAGAACAAUUGGAGAGUGGCCUAGCAGUUCCAUUUUAUUAUGGUCACUCAAACCUUAGUUGUACCAAAGGAAAGGGAAAAAAUAAAGGAAAGCGAUCUUUAAACACAGUCAGCACCACUCGUCUGGUACACAGAUUUGUGUACUACUGCGGAUAUUAUUUCGAAUGGAUUGAUGAAGGAGUGGAUCCCUUUGGAACAAGCCCUCUAGGACGAAAUUGUAAUCCUGAAAUUUACAGCGAGCCAGCUGGUUACAGUCGUGUGAAACUGGAAUGCGCUAAGAACUGUGCUAAGAAAUUCAGCAGGAAUUUUCAAUAUCACAUGUUGAACAACAACUGCCACCACUUUGCAAACACCAUGGCUAGUUUCUUGGAUAGAUCAGACGGGGAGUGCUGCAAUAAUUAGUGGAAAUAUUGAUGUGAUGCAUUCAGAAAUGUAAAAUACAGCAAAUGCAUUGCAUAUUGUUGAGCGCAAGCUGCUGCUGUCACGUUAACUGUUGUCAGGAUAGGAUUAUACAUUUUGUUGUAUAUUACAUGAUGAAUUCUUUAGCUUAAUUUUGCCAUAGCAAUAUGUCUACAUUGAUUGGUCAUUUAAUUAAGUAAGACAGGCUGGUGAAAACUUCUUACAUGUUAUUCAUUGUUAAAUCAAACGUAAAUAACAAGUUUUACAAACUUAGUUAAAAAUUUCAAAUAGAUGUUAUUCAACAACAAUUAAUGAAGGCAAAACCACUUCAAACAACGGGAAAUAUUUUAAUGGAAACAAAUUUAAGUUCCACACACUACAUAAAUCUUAAAUUAAUAUUAAAACUUAACAUUUUACCCUGCAAAGUACAAAUUGAUAUUGUUAAUAUUCGAUUCCACAAUACAAUAACUUACAUAUAGAGGCUACACAAUUUUCAUCCAACAAUUAUGCACACACACAAUUCUAUUUGAUAUUGAUUUUUAACUUGGCAGACAAUGAUUAUUCGUCAAAAGUGUAAACUCAAUGUCUUAAAUGGUGUCACUUAAAGUAAAUUCUUUCGAAUAUUACAGUUCUAUAAUGAUAUUGUCUUACAAAUCUCCAUGCUCUAAGAAUUCGCAAAAAUGUAUUUGUUAUUAUGUGUUAUACCUCAACACAAUAAUUCUUAUCUGCAUACAAUAAUAAGACAUGACUUUAAGUGUGCAUGUUCCUAUCAAUUUAGAUUUUUGUAAUUGAAGACCAGUCCCAAAUUUAGCUUGAUGGCCCCUGGAAAUGGGUGCAGCAUAGCCUAUUCAUGUAUUUUUCAGAGAGCUUAAACAUGUAUAACACUAGGUCAGAAAGCCCUGAAAGUGCUCAUUAUUUUUAAAUCAUAAAUUAAUGCAUUGCAAUAGUUCUUAUCAGAGUUAAAUGUGGUAACUUGUCUGAUAAAAUUGAUUCUCAUUUAUGAAAAGCAUUUAACACUUUCCAUGUCUGUAAACCCUUUGUCUUGAACAGAAAAUAAAAUUAUUUUCUUG